AUGGUGGUGGAGCCACAACGGAGCUUUCGACUACACGUGUCACGCAACUUUGGUAUCCGGUCGCUCUCGGACUUUAUCCGUGCUGGCGAGGCUUGGCCAUCGCAGGAGCAGUUUGUCCAGCGGUACCUUGACUUCACGCUCGCGUCCGCGACGCCUUGGAAACAGAUUCAAUGGCUGCGCGUGCUUUACACCGAAGCCACGCAAAUCGUUGAGCGCCUCGGUGCUUCUAGAAUUCGUAUACAGCAUACCUCCGGACGACAGCGUCUACUUCCACACCUGGGGUGUACGAGUGGGGGUCGGGUGUGCUUGGUCCCCGCUAUUCCUCGGACCGCACUUCUUUGCGUCGUCUGGCUGCCGCCGGUACCGACGAAGCAGCAUCCAAUGUCGCUUCACUCGCCCUGCAUGGGGAACGAUCACGUCAAGGCUUUUGUGCGAUCCUCCACGUAUCUGCGGCGUCUCUUGAUUCCCGUAUAUGAAGACCUUCAAUUUCGUCUAGCAUUUCGACUUCUCCCGGUUCGCUCCCGGUUCUGGUUUCUAGAAGCUUCCAACCCGCGCAUUCGCAUCUGCGUCCGUGCUGGCUGCGCGGCGAUCGAGACCGAACAGCACUUGUUCUUCGACUGCGCGCUUGCCGUCCAGUUAUGGGACCAGGUCCGCCAAAUCAUGUCGCCUUUCUUUCGCGCUCCAACGACCUGGAUGAAUGUUGCGCUGGCAACGAAGCCUCGGUUGCGGGACACUUGGAAAGCGCGCGCCGGUGUUGUUCUUGAUGUGUGGCACACUGUUAGAGCAGUGACGCUUCACUUCCUCUGGCGGGAUCGCAACCGCUGUCUUUUCGAUGGUCGGCAGCCGACGCCUGCCGCCCCAGCCUUGCUAGCAAUUUUUUCAGCUUCUUGCGCCCAUUUCCGGCACACCUUGCGUCGCCGAUACGACCCUGAACAACAACAGACGCAGCACAUGGUUCUAGCGGAGAUGAGGCGGCACGCCGGAUUUGAGGGGUUCGUGCGCGCCAAUUCCACUGUGCUGGGCGUCCGACACCGCCGCUAG